UCUACAGCCCUGUGCCAUGAGGACUUUCAGGUAGCACCAGAAUGUGUGUUUAUUCCCCUCUGUGCUGUCUGUUAGCGUGCACGCAAAAGGAGCGUGUUUUACUGAUUUCCUGGGGACGAGUGUCCAACACCGAUGUCCGGCAGCGCAGACACAGCACAGGGGACCAGGGCCACAGCAGGAUGAGGGCAGCCCUCAUGCAUGGAUGCCACCCCAAGCUGCAUCACGGCUGGUGGGGGCAGCGGAGGAGGUCCCGUGGGAGUCCUCGCAAGCACUUCCCUAGGGGAUACCAGGGUGCAGCUGGACGCUGGGCUGCCCAUCACACGAGCCCUGAGCUUCUGCCCAGCAUGGAAGGAGCUAGGUUCUUGCGCCAUCUCCUGCUCCGGUCCCGAAAGAGAUGGGAAAGGACAGCUCCUAGACCAGAUCAUAGGAUCGGUCAGAUUAGACACCCAGCUCCUGGGUGGUUAAAGAAAUCCCUCUGUGACAGUCCCGGGCGCACGCAGAUGUCACCAUUCCCAGCCCUCCUGAGAUCAGCCCGGAGUUGAUUUGCACGCGUCCCGGUGGUGGGCUCAGGCCAGCCGGGCUCUGCCCGCACCGCAGGCCGCUGCGCCCAGGCGGACAUCUAACUUUGUUAAAUGUUAAAUGUUAAACAUGUAAACAUGUUUAAAUUCAACAGCAGAGAGAAAGAGCGAGUGAGUGUGGGGGUAAAGGUCGGCGGUCCGGGACCAGCAGCGAGCCGGGGCUGUAUGGACUUUAGCCUGUCAUUUAAAUUUGUGACUAGAGAAACUCCAAGCAAAGGACGGACGAACCCUGAACGGAAAAGGCACAGCGUUGCCCUGAAAAGCUUAUUGGCACAGUACAGAGGUUAAUGAGCAGCGUCCACCAACAACUGCAGAGCGGCUCCUCCUCCGCUGGCUCAUUGGGGCUCUGCCUGGAUGUCAUUCCCUGCAUCAGGAACUGAAGAGGACUUUGUCUAAGGACAGUUCUCCUUCGUGAACAGUUACAGCCAGAGAAGCUGGGGGGAGCUUUCCCGUGGGGCGGGAAGACCAGCGUUUCUGCUAAUCUAUGGACUAUUUUAUAGCCAGUUUAUUAUACCCCUUCGGUGAGGAAGACUCCUUGCCUGGCGCUCCUGCUUUGCCUUCUGCAGGACACCAUGGUGCGGCGAGUGGCCGUGAUUGGGGCCGGGGCCAGUGGCCUGGCCUCCAUCAAGUGCUGCCUGGACGCAGGGCUGGAGCCCACCUGCUUCGAGAGGCAUGACGACAUCGGGGGGCUCUGGUGCUUUGCCGACACAGCGGACUGUGGGAGGACCAGCGUGUAUCGGUCGGUCAUCACCAACACCUCCAAGGAAAUGUCCUGCUUCAGCGACUUCCCCUGCCCAGAAGACUUCCCCAACUUCCUACCCCACCACCGACUCCUGGAGUACUUCCGGAUGUAUGCCCGGCACUUCGACCUCCGGCAGCACAUACGCUUCAAGACAACAGUUCGCAGCGUGAGGAAGCGUCCCGAUUUCUCCACCUCGGGCCAAUGGGAUGUCGUCACUGAGACCGAAGCGGGCCAGGAGUCGCACAUAUUCGAUGCUGUCAUGGUUUGCACUGGACUUUACCAGGAUCCCUUUUUGCCCUUGGCUUCUUUUCCAGGUAUCGAAACGUGCUUUAAAGGCCAGUACCUCCACAGCAGGGAGUACAGAGAUGCGGAGGGUUUCCAGGGGAAGCGAGUCCUCGUGGUCGGUGUCGGGAACUCCGGCGGCGACAUCUCGGUGGAGCUGGGCCGCGUGGCUGCGAAGGUGUUUCUCAGUGCCAGGAGCAGCACGUGGGUGGUCAGUCGUAUUUCAGAUCAUGGUUUCCCUUUUGACAUGAUCAUCACCACACGCUUCACGCAUUUUCUCGACUGGCUUCUCCCAUCAGCCAUCAUGAAAAGGAUCAGGUUUUGGAAGUUCAAUUCAUGGUUUAACCAUACAAACUAUGGCUUGGCUUCUGUUAAAAGUUCCAACUUUAACGUAAUCAUAAAUGAAGAGCUGCCAUCUUGCAUCCUCUCCGGGACUGUCGUGUUGAAACCGAAUGUGAAGGAGUUCACCGAAAGCUCGGCUGUUUUUGAAGACGGGACAACUGAAAAGAUCGAUGUGGUGGUCUUCACCACAGGAUAUGUGUUCUCAUUCCCCUUCCUGGAAGACUCGGUUCGCAGCCUCUUCAAACAUAUCUGGUCCCUCUAUAAAUGCAUCUUCCCUCCACAGCUGGAAAAGCCAACGCUGGCCAUCAUCGGCUUUGUACAACUGACAGGCUCUGUGAUGGUGGGAGCAGAAAUGCAGGCUCGCUGGGUGACAGGAAUCUUUGCAGGCUCUAACAAGCUGCCUCCUGUCAGCAGGAUGAUGGCAGAUAUUUCAAAGAAGGAGAAGCAGCUGGUCAAAAGGAAUUCUCCCGAGAAGGCGAACAUGUCGAUGAGUUUCAUCAGUUACACCGAUGAAAUUGCGUCGUGUGCCGGCGUAAAGCCCAGCGUGCUGAGGCUGCUCCUGACGGACCCCCGGCUGGCCCUGGAGGUGUUUUUCGGCCCCUGCUCGCCCUACCAGUACCGCCUGGUGGGCCGGGGCUGCUGGAGCGGGGCCCGGAGCGCCAUCCUGACUCAGUGGCAGCGGGCUUUGAAGCCCUUGCAAACCCGCGUCCUCGACGACUCCGCCGACAGCUCCUCCAGCUCGCGCUGGCUGUGCCUCCUCGCCCUGCCUGCGCUGCUCGUGGCAGGUUUCCUCCUCUCCAAACAUCCCCGGCCGUGGCGGAUCCCCAGGGCAGGUUCCCAUCUGUAGAUGAAACCUGGCAGAACCGGACCUGGGGGCAGCGCAGAGCCGUGCUGCUGCAGGGCGGCGGCGUCGGCGUCUGGGAGUGCCGCGCGCGCUGUCCCCGGGGGUGCCGGGAAGCGGGCUGCCUCCCGCACGCGCCGCCGCAAUGGCACGGCCGUCUCCUGCUUCCAGGCGGAGCAGGUGCGUCUGCUGUUUGCAUUUCGCUGCCUCUGGAGGUGAACGUUGCCAAGGCGGCUUCCCCGGAGGAGAAAGCCAGCUGCAACUCCCCGGGCUGUUCUCGCCCCAAAUCUGGCUGCGUUGCGCGAGCAUCGGGCUGGGUCUCUACAGGCCUUUGGGGGAGAGCCUGCAGCGCUGGUCUGCACGGCCACCGCGUCUCGGCGGGGCCCCGUGCCUCAGCUCAAGGCAGGACCUCAGCGACAGGUCUAAGCCCAGGGCAGUAUUUCUUGGCUCUCUGCUUGGCUCGAGCCCCUUUCAUAAAUCUUCAGCAAGACCCACAAAAUAAUGAGAUUUUUGGAAACACUUGAUGUUCUUUUUAUUUGCCUGGUGAUUUCUGGGACAUAACCAGAAAUAAAUCUCACUGAUUUAGA